CGUUGAGCCGUUAGAUCCAGAAGUAACCGGCAGAAAUCCUUUUUUUUCUGAUUUUAUAAGGAUUUCCUAGAUACGGUGUAUGUGUUCUCACUGCAUUCUGAGGACUGCAGGGGUCAAGGCCAAGAAGCUUUUCCUCAGAAGCCAGAAUGGCUACAACCUCAAGCUCUCAGUUGGAGAAUAUACUCAGCGCAGUGUUAAAGAGUGGAGAUGUCCGGCCCCUCCACGAGUUCUUGGAGAUGAACGCAUAUAAAGGCGUCUCUAUCAACUGUUCCAAACAGUUCCUGAAUAAAUUGGAUAAACUUGUCAGCAGUAGCUUGGAUAAAAAAGAAACCAGAUCAGCCUGUUUGGGUUUUGAAAGCCUCCACAAAUGUGGGAAAGAUCUGAAGUUACCUGGUGGGCAAGGAGUCUCAGGUUUAAUUUCUCAGGGGCUAAUUCAGAAGAUGGUGCAGUGGUUUGAAAAAUGCAGGAAACUAUGGAUCCAACAAGGUCCACAUUGGGAUAAAACCAUGUAUGUCCUCUGUGAGAACUUCCUAAAUGUCUUAAUGAUGGUUCAUGAGUCAUGCAAAGAGGGAACAUCUGAAGUCACUGACUCCUUCCUGUAUCCGGUCGGCCAGUUAGCAGUAGACCCCAGAAUAUACAUUCUGAUCCAGAAAGAGGCAAUUCGUAAAUACAACAUCAUUCUGGAUAAAAUGCCACUGGAUUUUAAGAAGAACAGGAGACUCCUUACAUCCCAAGAGGCGUCUGAUAUCAUGACCAAACUGGCAGGACGGAUUCUGGACAGUGGUGAUUAUGACAUGCAGUCAUCCCUGAUGGAGGCAUUAUUCAGAAUGGUGACCCCUGAUCAGAGGAAGAAGCUUGCAGACCGAUGGUUCAGCAUGGGGCAUGUGGCCACUGCUUUUGCCCAGAUCAGUGAUUCAGAGUUUGAAACGGCUUGCAGAAGGUUUCUGAACAUGGUGAAUGGGAUGCAAGGAGACAAAAGAAGAGUGUGCUCUUACCCUUGUUUGAAAGUUUAUUUGGGCAAAUAUGAGCUGCUGAUGCCAUCUGAUGAAAAACUUGAGGAAUUCUGGAUUGACUUCAACCUCGGCAGCAGGAGCAUCUCCUUUUAUUUUUCUUUACCUGAUGAAGAGGAUGCUCACUGGGAAACAGUGUGCAUUGAUGAGCAUGAAGUCCAAAGCUACACAGUCACAGAGGUGGGCAAGAGGCAAAUCUUGCAGAUAAAGCUGUCAGAGGUGAUUGUUAUUGACUCAAUGGAAGGAUCCAUUCUCUGCAUCCAAUUUAGCUCCUCAUUGGACAUACUGCAAGCUGCUCAAAAUGUUUUUGGGAAUGACAAAAACAAAAGCAUCCAUGAAGUGAAAGCUGCAGUUAAAGCCACAGAGGCAGAUAACAUUGCCCAGCAAUCUUCACAGGUGGUUCCAGAGAGCCAGGUGUCUCUUGGUGAAACUGAGAAAACCCCUGCACCCUACGACCUGCCCACCGCAACUGCACAGAUGGUGACCCCUGCUAAAAAGAGGAUGUCAGAGUCCACAACCUAUAUAAGCAGCAAUGAGAGAGGAAGUGUAAAGACUAGCAGUUUUCUUCCAGAUAAAUCAUCAACGAAAAACAACAGCAAGAUCCCAAUGGUGAAGCUCUCUGUGUGUGGCACAACUAUCAUGAACUGCAGCACUAACACAACUCCACACAGUACAAAUAUGGUUGACAGGAGCGGGCAGAAAAUGCCAGUCGCUGGAGCAGAAGACGUCACUGUAUUUGGACAAGGAGUGGAGAAGUCUCAGGAGACCUAUUUUGUACCUGACACACAGCCCAGCUCAGCAUGUAACACGAAAUCAAACUGGAGCAAAUUAUCCAUGUCUGAAAUGCUAACAAUGCCAACUCAGAAAAUGGGAUCAGUACCGGAGCCUAAUUGGGGUACUUUUGAACCCCAGAAGCACUGCACUUCCUCAGGACGGAUGUCAGUUCCUGCCUCAAGUCUUAAGCUCCAACAGCAAUUCCAUAAUGAACUCAAUGAGCGCCUUCAGAAGGUCCUUAAUGAUGUGAGCAAAGAUCCUCCCCGACAGGAAUCAACUGAUCAACAGAGAAAAACUUCUGAUUCCAAAAGGGGCUCUGACAAAACAAAGUUAUACAACACACGUGGUUCCAAGAGUGUUCCAAAAAUACAAAAUACUCAGAGAACCAGUGUCUCAAAAAACGCAAAAAGAGAGGAGAUGUCACUUCAGGUGGACAUUGGUCCAACAAAAGCUUCAGAUAAGAAGACCUGCACAAAUAAAACUGUUGAGGACCACAAAGAAUUUGAGGCCAAAGGUUGCAAAAAAACUGCAAUUUCAACCAAAGAAAAAAGCAACUCAAAUGUCACAGCCACCAUGAUGAAGCGUAUCUCCAGCCAUUAUGAGAUUGAAACCAAAACCCUAAGAAAAAACAGCUCAGAUAAAAGUUCUCCAAGUUGGAUUCCCCCGCUAACAGACAGACCAAUCUUUAACAAGGAGGUGAUACCUGCAUGUAGAAAAGACAAACUUGGAACCAUUAGCCUUGGAAAACUCUUAAAUUCUACCAGAGGAUCUGACAGGAAUGAUAGCUUUGCAUUCAAAGUUGAUUCACCGAUCUCCGUUAGGGGAGAGAAUCAAACCAAAUCAAGCAGUGGCUACAACAACUCUACAAUUCACACCUCAGCUAAGAAAGGACAACCUGUGGCAAAGAAGAAGCUACAUGUGAAAAAGCAUCUGUUCAGUGACACUGACACAGACAAUGCCCCGACAGAUAUCAGCUGGCUAAGAGAAUCCUCCAGAAAGUCCAAAGCUCAAGUCAUUACGUACACCAGACACGCUAAGCUCAAACCCAAAACAGCCCCACCUCAUUCUCCAGACACACCCCGAGAUUUGCAAUCAAUAUCUUCAAAAGGUGUAAAGGGCGAAAGCAAACGUAUUCAGAAGAUUAUCAAUCCUCCAAAGAAAGUGAACCAAGUAGCAGAUCUCAGACCACAAGUGGCUACAAAGAGGCCUAGAAGAGCAGCAGCCACCACUACAAAAAGUUACCAGGAACCCAAAACAGAUGAGAGUGAUUCUGAAACAGAAGAGCCUCCAUCACCCAAGCAUUCAUCCACUUGUAACAUGAAGAAUCCAGAAAAGGUGAAUGGGGUUGCUACAGCAAAGAAGAAAAAGACAGCACACAAACAACCAACUGAUAUGAAACUAUCAGAGAAACAGUCUGUGUUGGAUGCUUGUCCCUUCUCCAAAGUAGAGAUUUGUUCUGCUGGGCAGCAGAGAAAGCGAGUGGAGAACUGUGCUGAAGAUCCACCUGUAAAGAAGAGUAAACACAACCUCUAUGACCACCCUGCAGAAAAACACAGCCGGGAAGAUGGGAGCAGCUUGACAGAUUCCAAAAAAGCGCAUUUUAAGGGUCGAGAACAAAUGAGCACUUUGAAGAAUUCGUUGGCUGGCUGCCUGACCUCUUUCUCUACAUCCCCUCCUUCCAUUGAACAUAUGAGAACUGCUGAGAGGUCAGAUCCAACCUUGGGAUUGACCUGCUCCACUGUCCUCAGCCCGCGGGGGUCCCCACUCCCUAUCUUCCUAAAUCCUCCCUGCCAGGACACCUCCUCUCAAAUCCUGCUGCUACCCAACGUUCGCCCACCAGUCGGCCAUAAAGGGAAAUGUAAACCGUCUUCUUUCUGCAAUGCAGAGAAAAAGCAGAGUUCUCAGAAGACUCAGUGUGUCCCCUCUCCCUGUUCACUGGCAGGUCAGAGCCCUGCACCCAUUCCCCCCACUGGACUAAGUGCUACAGAGAUUGUUGCAGAGCAGAAGCAUCUGUCCUCAGUGCCUCAGUCCCUUUUGUCUCCAUCCACACAACCACUCUUAACAUCAACCCUUAUAGAGUCAGAUAAGGCCCCAGUGCUAUCUCCAUCUCAGUUACAGUUCCCCAGGGACACUUUAGCCAGCGGUUGUCACCUUGAGCUCAGUAAAGUGUCCUCAGUUUCCCUGAGUCCAAUAAGCCACUUGUCUCCAACGUCAUCGGUGCUCAGCGGGAAAAAGAACAUCUCCACUAUGACCACGUCUUAUAAAGAGAAAACACCGCUCAUGCACAAGAACCUUAAACACACGAAGCAUCUUGUCUCAGGACCCGCUCUUAAGCGCUGCGUCUCACUAUCCAGUAAGUCAGAGGAAGACGAGAAUGAAGAGGAGCGGAAGAAGAGCAAGAUUAGAGGCCAGCGUUCUCCUCGAAUGAAGCCAAGAAAACUGUUCAAGUCUUUUGAAGAGGUUUCUGUUGAAGAUGAGCUGAGCCACAUGAGUUCCAGUCACUGGGAGACUGAAGAAGUGUAUGGAGACUUGGAGAUGGAUGGGGAUUCAGAGCUUCCAGAAGAGACUCUAAAGCCAAAAAAACUUUGUCAGCAGUUCACCUCUGAGCUGAAAAACAAGUUGCAGAACCGUAGCCAUUUAAUGGAGAUCUACAACAAACGGUCUUCCAAGGCUGUCCAGCACCACAUUUCAUCCAUUGGAGUCCAGUUUAACGAAAACAGAAUUCAAAGGCUGAGUGAAGUUCAAAAUACCCUUGUAGAGGAAAUCCAGAAGAUGGAGCAGGAUGUUAACUUGCUAAAAAACAUGGAGAAAGAUCUGGCUAUAAACUGGGAAAAGCAGAUUACAACUUUCCAUUCUUACCAGGACUGUGAAACAAAGAGGAAUGAUACACUGAAGAGAACCUUCCAAAGCAUCUAUGAUCACGGCUUGGACUAUGAAGAAGGAGUGUUCAAAUCAGAGAUGGACCUGAUCAAAAAGGACCUGAAGUCGAUUCAGGACAGACUCCUCGAUGAAAUGCAUGAGCAAGAGAUCCAGAGUAUGAAGAGAGGAAUACAUGCUUUGUUUUUCUCCGGAUGAAGCCAGUUUGGAGGUGACCAAAGGUUACUCUACAUAGUGAGCCGAGGUGUCUGUCCACAUGGGAUGCACCCUUCUGAGAAAUGUGUUUGUGCUUCUCUAUAUAGCUGUUUGCAUAAAGGGAUUUUAAUCCAGUUUGUUUCAUAUAAAUCAAUCCAGUUGGUUAAGAGCUGCGUUUGUUUCACAUGUGCCUUGUUGUGUUAGAUGGUUAAAAAUCUUUAAAGAAUGUUCUUGACUAUUUAAUUACAUUUAAGUUGAUCUGAUGUUUGUAUCUGUAUUGCUUUGUCACUUUUAAAAUACUCUAUUAGUGGUUAAGUAUUAUACAUUUUUUGACUUUUGAAAUGGUCCAACUAAAAAAAAAUCCUGUUUAGUUUUUAAACACUUGUUAACCUCAGUCUUAAUUUGAAAUAAAACUGUUUAAAAAAUAAAUACACCGCUUGUUCUUAUAAAAUGUGUUGUAUUUUGAAGACAAUUUUAAAGUAGUGCUUACAAAGGUAUUUGUUUUUUCAGUGAAGACACUGUCAGUCCCGUUCUGAUUGACAUACUGUAUAUACAGUUCAUAUCAAAAUUCUCCCCGACACAUUCUCACCCGACUUCACAGUCUGUACACAGUCCAAGUGACACAUUAUUCAUCAGUUAAGAAAAGGUGGUCACAUGCACUACAUCUUCUUCCCACUACACGGAUUCACACCGAUUUGUCAAAGUUUUCCUGGAAUUAGUACAAAAAAAAUUAAUGACAGGAUUGUUUUUUUUCCCAUUCUGCUCUUGUCCUGAGAGGCAGAAUUUUUUUUUCUCAAUUACAGUCUCUUUCACCUGUCUGCUUCCAUGUUGCAAACAGCAGUCUCCAGGACACACUGCUGCAAAGAUCCCUCUCUUGUUUCUCCUACACCCAUUUCUUCACUCUGAUGAUACGGGGGUGCAGGAAGAAAUUUAAAGAUGCGCUGAAGACAAAAAAAGAGCUUCGGGCUCUUUGAUGUGUCACCACUGAGUGGCGUCAGGCAGCUUCAGGGAAUUUCUCAGCUCAGCAUUUCUUCACAG